GAGAGGAGAAGAGAAGAAGACGAAGAGAAACUUACGCUGCGGAAAACAAUAUUUGAGAUUAGGAUAAUCAAAUAAUCAUAAUUAUCAUUAAUCAUCAAUCAUUAAUUAUGGCGUAUAUAUUUAAUCCACAAUUAUCACAAUUAACUUUUGAGUGCUUCUGAAAUCUUUUGAUUUUCUUCCCAUGUAAGGAGAAACCGUACGUAACGCCAAGAGAGAGCCUCCCUUUUCCUUCCCCAAACCACCUUCCGACCGCCGGCCGCCGCCGCCUCCCCCCUCCGGAGCUCCUCCCUAUCCCUCUAUAUAUACAUCUUUAUUAUAUUAUUAUGUAUCUAUACAUUUCUUUUUUAUUUUUAUAACAUUAUUAUUUGUUAAUAUUCUUAGUGUUAUUAUUAUUACUGUUAUCGUUAUUGAAGAUGGCGUUUGGAUUGCUCAUUCUCCGCUUCUGACAUCUGUUUCACCUUCCCUUCACCUCCUCCGAUCCACUCCUCCCUUCCUGGGUCUGAUGAGAGCUAUUGUUGGAGAAGGAAGAACUGGGAGCCUUGAGAUUAACUCUGGCAUAGUUGUGGUCGCCAUUAUUGUGUCAAACCGAGCAAGAUGGAAGACAACAAAAAAGGAAAGGUAACAGGAAUCAGGCAAAUUGUGAGGCUCAAGGGCUUUCUGCAGAAAUGGCAGAAAGUAACUCUGGGCUCCAAGAGGACCAACAAUCACAACCACCCAUCAUCACCAUCAUCAUCAUCAUCAUCACCCCCUACAAAGGCGCUGCCGCCGAAUCCGCGUCGUCCGGUGGCCCCGCCGCCGUCGAAUCCGCGCCGUCCGGUGGCGCCGCCGCCGCCGCGGGGAGGGAUUUCGCCGGCGAUCAGCAAGAGGCUGAUCAGCUCCAACGCCUACAGCGAUUCCGAUGAUGAUGGUUGCCAGAGCCCGGAGCCGCCGAGCGGCGUCCCCCGCGGCUCCUUGGCGGUUUACGUCGGGCCGGAGCUCCGGCGGUUCAUCAUCCCAACGAGCUACCUCGCCGACCCGCUGUUCAAAAAGGUGCUGGAGAAGGUCGAGGAGGAGUUUGGGUUUGAUCACAGUGGUGCGCUCACCAUUCCUUGCGAAACUGAGACCUUCAAGUAUCUCCUCAAAUGCAUGGAGAACCACCAGAGAGAACACAAAUCUGCUGGAUCUUCAGAUGCCAUGGAGGAUUGAGUUGUGGCUUUAAGUCUAAUUAUUAGCAAUGGUCGACUAUUUAGACCCGAUGAUACUUUUCUUCCCUUGUUUUUUAUGUUUCUUUUGGGGUUUAUGGGGGUAAAGCAAAGGUUUUUCUUGUAUUUUUUGUAUGCAGAGUUCAAGUUUUACAUUGUUAUUAUAUACAUCUCCUCAUUAAUUUUAUGCUUCAAAAA